CGCCCCCUCUACCCUCCGCCUCUCCGCCCAUGUCUCCAGCGCGCAAGCCCACGCCCGCCCACAUACACACCCACAACACACGCCUUCUCCCCCUCCCCCGCCCGCCCGCCUGCCUGCCCGCCCUCCCUGCGCCCUAGUCGCCCCGCUCCUUCCCUGAUCCCCCGGCUGGCGGAUGCAUCGAUCCCGCACGGGAGAUGGCCCAGGUUCGCGCCAACUCGGUUGACGGGCUGUCCGACCCCACCUCGGAGGACUUCCGCCCCUGGCGCGAGUUCCUCGAAACGGCCCUCACCUCCGCACGGUACCUGUCCGAACAGUGUGAGGACAUCUUCAAGGACGCGCCCACGCAUGUGGAAAAUGCCUUCAUCCACUUUGGCCCGGGGUCGCACUUCUUCCGGACCAUCGUGCGCCUGACCUCGGAGGGAACCUGGCCACCGACCGGCGGACCCAAUGGCGGCAUCCCCGGCGACCUGGCGGACCUCGGCCCGCCGGACCUCCUCCCCCGCCUGGCCACCAUCCCCAAUCCCGAAAGUGCCACCACCGGCCUGGCCGUGCUGAAUUACCUGCUCCGCUGCGCCCAUGGGCAGAAUGACACCCUGAUGCACAUCUCGCGCGGGCUGAUGCGCUGCCGCAUCGCCAAGGCCCCGAUGGCGCCGGGCCGCGGCGGCCGCGACGGCACCCCCACCCCCACCCCCACCCCCACGCCGGCCCCGCUCGCAACCACCCCCCAGCCGGCUGGCGCCUCUUCGGGCCCGGCCGCGGCCACCUCCGCCAGCGGUAGCAACAGCAGCGACAUCGACCCGGAGCCCGGGACCCCGCAGGCGGCCGGACACCCACGCGCCGGGGCGGCCCGCUCCCGGCAGCAGCCCCGCUAUGACAUCCUGCUGUACUGCUUCGCCUGCCUGGGCCCGGUGUCCAGCGCCAUCAAGACCCUCCUGUGCAAGACCUGCCGCGAGGACAAUGCCCGCGUGGGCGGCCAGCAAAUCUGCACCAAGGAAUCCGACUGCACCCAGCUGUCCCUCAAGAACACAUCCACCUGCAACAAGUGCAACCGGACGCACCGGCGCGCGCGGCCCGGCACCGGCGCCGGUACGGCCGGCACCUCCAACAGCCCGGACAGCCCGGCCGCCGUGCAGUGCUGGAUCCCGGCCAAGGAGCGCGCCCCGGCCCUGCAGACCGCCAUCCAGCAGGGCCCCAGCCGGCUGGGCUUCGCGGUGCGCCUGCGGCCCAUCCCCCCCCCGGCCGGGGCCGGCGAUCCUGAAGGCGGCCCGGAGGCCGGCCACCACUCGGCACCCGGCCCCGAUGGCGCCGCGGGCCCCGUGGCCCUGUGGGUGGGCUCCGGCAUGCCGGACGAUGUCGCCGCCAAUGGUGGCCUUCUGCCUGGGGCCCAGUCGGCGCCGCUGGUCUCGCCGCAGCCGCAGCCACAGCCGCAGCCCCAUGCCUCGGGCCAGCCCCAUGCGCCUGGGUAUGCCCCCCCGCACGAGUCCUUCCGUAACCCCUUGCAGCCGGUCUACCAUCACGUCCCUGUGCCCAGCACGGACUUGCAUCAGCUCGCCCUCGACCUGCAGCGGCAGCAGCAGCAGCAGCAGCAGCAGCAGCAACAUCAACAACAGCAGCAACAUCAACAACAGCAGCAACAUCAACAACAGCAGCAUCUCAUCCAGCAGCAGCAACACCAGCAGCAGACCCAGCAGUAUCAGCGGCCGCAAAUCCUGCUAGAGGCCAGCCAUGAUGCCAGCUACUCGCCCGAGCUCACAGCCAGGCCCGGCACGCACAAGCACUUUCUCGAAGCCCUGGAGGCCACCCCCGGCAUCUGGGAAACGGUGGCCCUGAUUGCUGAGCCCUCAGUCGGCGACCUGUCGACCCUGCUCGCACCCUCCCGAUCGGCCCCGGCCCCGGCCUUGGGACAUGUCACCACCUUGCAGCGGCUGGGGGCCUUCUCCCAGGGCACCACCGGGCCAUCGGCCGAGGUGGGCGGGGUGGACUUCUCACCGCCAUUGUCGGCCAACACCGCGCACCAGCCGCCCCCGCAGCCCCCGCAGCCCCAGCAGCCCCAGCAGCCCCAGCAGCCAGCCCUGCCGGUGGAUCAGGCAAUGCCCGUGCGCCAGCCAGCCACACAGCCCGGUCACCAUCACUCCAAAAUGCCCGCCGCCCGGGACCCCGGCCGGCCGGCCGGCGAGAUGGACGGUGGCGCCAGCCCAGCGACUCGACCCCCGGCAGCCACGAAGCCCAGCCACUCCCGUUUGGAUCAGCUGGUUAAUGCAUCGGCCUGUCUUUUGGGCCCGGCGGCACAGGAAUACUCCCUUCACAGCAGCUCCCCGGGGCACCAGCCAGCCGACCGGGAGAGCGCGAGCCUCCCCCCGGGCCCAGGGCCAGGCUCGAUGCCCACCCCGGGGGGUGGCCUGGAGACGGCCUCGCCGCCCCCGGCGGCCAGGGCCUCGGUCCCCGGCCCGCCUAACCCGGCCCCGAGUCCCCCGGCGCCGGUGGCCCCGGCACGCGCCAAGCGCCGCCGCCAUCAAGAAAGUUCGCGCGACAUGCCGGCCACCAAGCGCCCGCAUGUGUAUCAGGCAGCCGGGAUGCCCCUCACCCCCCAGGGCCCCUUUGGCCCGAUGAUGGGCUCGACCCCGGCAGGUGGGGCGGCCUGGCCCGGCGGCUCGCCCAUGUUCAUGCCCUACUUCCCCGGGCCCUUCGGGGCAUUCCCCUUCCCGGGGCCCAUGUUCCCCGGGAUGUACCCGCCGGGGGUCUUCCCGGCCGGGGCCGGAUUCUUCCCGGGCCCCGCCGGGGCCAUGCAUCCCCCCCGCCGCCCCCAGUGGCCGGGCGGCGGCGGGUCCGGCUCCUCGACCGGCAGCGAGUCCGACCCCUCAGACGGUGGGACGGGCUCCUCCUCCGGGAGGGCCUCUGACCAGAGCGACCAUGGGUCGGGCUCGGAUUCCGGCUCGGACCCGGGCUCCGACUCCGGCUCCGGCUCUGGCUCCGGCUCCGGCUCCGGCUCCGGCUCCGACUUCGACUCCGACUCUGGCUCCGGCUCCGGCUCUGGCUCCGGGUCGGACUCCGAUGGGGAGUCCCCGCCCGGCCGGGGGUUCAGCUGGCCGCACGGGCCGGGGCUCAUGCCGUCGGUGCCCGGCGGAGGGCCAGGUGUCGCGGACUUCGCCAACCCCUUCGGCAUGGUCGGUGGGUCUCCCUUCCCGCCGCACUGGUCGCCCAUGGGCAUGAUGGCCGCACCUCCAGCCCCGGCGGCGGCGGCGGCGGCGGCGUCUCCCCGGGCGUCUAAGCACCAGUCCCGGCAGCUGUCCGGCAUCAAGUCGGAGUUCGGCCGGGCGCCGGGGUCGGCGCCGUCGUCGCCGGCCCCGGGGCGCGGGUCGCCGAGCGACCGGGCCGGCGCUCGGUCCAGGUCCCGGCGCUCGGUCCCGCAGCCCGGCCCGAUGCCGGCGCCGGCGCCGCCCUUCGGGUUUUCCUUCUACGGCGGGGCCCCCGGCGCCGGGGCCGGGGUCGGCAUGUGGCCGCCUAUGCCCAUGCCCGGGGGCUUCCCGAUGGUUUUGCCUCCUGGGGCGGCCACCGGCGCCGGUCACGGCGGCCAUCAACGCCCCAUGUCAACAGCCAUGAUGAUGAACCCCAUGAUGGCCGGGCCGAUGAUGAUGGCCGGGCCGAUGAUGGGCAUGAUGCCGGCCGGGGCCCCCACCGCCGUCGCCCCGGCACCGGGGUCCCCCGAUGGCAGUGCCAGUGCCUCCGACAGCGAUCGGCCGGAUUCCGGCCCCCCUUCCUCCCCCGACAGCGAGAGUGGCCCCGGUGCCGCCCCGGGCACCGGCAGUGGCGAUGAUCAGGCGGCAGCUCGCCAACCGCGGUCCUCCUCGUCCAGGGACAAGAAUGGCCCCGGUGCCGGGCCGGCCUCGGGAUCGGGCAGCAGCUCCCCGGACCGGGGCCCCUCUCCGCACACCGGCGCGCAUGCCUACCACCCCCUCCGCCAUGCGCCGCAACCCCCGCAGCUGUGGCACCCGGCGGCGGCCAUGAUGCCAAUGCCCUUCCCCCUGCAUGGGGGUCCCUUUGCGAGCGGCUUUGUCGGGCCCGGCGGCGAUGGCGGCGGCGGCGGCGGCGGCGGCGGCGGCGGCGGGGGCAAUCGUCGCCGGGGCGGGCGCGCUCCGACUCCGGCCGACCCGCCGCCGAUGAUGCUCAUGCCGCCGAUGUUCCCGCCACCGGUGUUCCCGAUGUCGGGCAUGCCCCCGAUUCCCCUGGGGACAUCUCCCUCCUCGUCGGCCGGCCGGCGGUCUCGGCGCCGGCGUCGCGAGGGCAGUGGCGGGGGCCCUUCGUCGCGGGCGGCCGACACGUCGCGGCUUCCCGGCGAGAGCCAGCUCCUCCGGCCUGUCCGGGACCAAUGCUCCGAUCCGGGGCCCGAUGCGGCCGCCGCCGCCGCCGCCGCUGGUGCCGCUUUGGGCACACACAUGCCGAUGCUGACCUUCGCGCCGCAGCAGGGCUGGCUCGGUGGCGGUGUCCCGGCCGGCCAGUCAUACCCCUCGUUCCCCCAGCCGGCCCCGGUGCAGCAGGGCUCCUCGCGCGGCAAGCGCCAUGGGCCCGGCCCGACCCCCACGUAACCGGCCGGGCCGGUCCCCCUCUCGCCCUUCUCCACAUAGACAAUAGACAUGCGCGAAAGA